UCCUCCGCAUAGUUUGAAUUGAAAAAUCAAAACGAAUAAACAUAACAAAGUUAGCUAAAGUUAUUUAGCAAAACAAAAGAGAUUAAGAACAACUUUUUACCAAGAGCAUAAGAAACAAUUUCAGAAUAUUAGUGAAUAUUGAAAGUUUAAUUCAGUUUAAUUGAAAAUAAUUUAUUAAAAAAGUACAAAGCCAUAAAAAUGGUUGCAAUUGGAAUAGAUUUGGGAACAACAUACUCGUGUGUAGGAGUAUUCCAACACGGAAAAGUGGAAAUCAUAGCGAACGAUCAAGGUAAUCGCACAACACCCAGCUAUGUGGCGUUCACAGACUCGGAGCGACUUAUUGGUGACGCUGCGAAGAAUCAAGUUGCCAUGAACCCAAAGAACACAAUGUUUGAUGCCAAGCGAUUAAUUGGACGAAAGUUUGAUGAUACUAAAAUCCAGGAGGACAUAAAGCAUUGGCCUUUUACAGUGGUUAACGAUCGUGGAAAGCCUAAGUUAAGUGUUGAAUUCAAAGGAGAACAGAAAAAGUUUGCUCCCGAAGAAAUAAGUUCGAUGGUGCUAACAAAAAUGAAAGAAACUGCUGAGGCGUAUUUGGGUACAUCUGUAAGAGAUGCCGUUAUCACAGUGCCGGCUUACUUCAACGACUCGCAGCGUCAAGCCACCAAGGAUGCUGGUGCCAUUGCAGGGUUGAAUGUUCUCCGAAUUAUUAAUGAACCAACAGCAGCGGCGUUAGCUUAUGGUCUGGAUAAAAACCUUAAAGGCGAACGCAAUGUGCUCAUAUUUGAUUUGGGCGGUGGUACUUUCGAUGUUUCCAUUUUAACUAUUGACGAAGGAUCGCUAUUUGAAGUGCGUGCGACGGCUGGCGAUACUCACUU